CAUUUUUUCUUCUCUACUUUAUAUAUUAUUUUCGUCGUUUUUUUCGCUAUGACCAAAGUUACUGCAAAAAACAUAAUUCCACGAGGCGUAAAUGGACGCAGAAACAAUAGAAAACAAAUAUUAUUGAGAAGCGGAAUAUGCUAUUCUCGUACUAAAGAGAAUAAAAAUGUAGUCGUUACGAACGUUAUUGUUUCUACGGGACAACCAGCUGUAAUUCCAGACCGCGUAAGCCAGGGCGUAAGUGGACACAGCUGCGGCUUCCGCGUGCGCUUUGCUAGCGAUGGUGUAUUUUGCCUGCCCUUCGUUAGCAAUCAAUUAAAAAAGAAAAUAAUACGUAUAAAGUCGAUUCUAAAGACGUCCAGUAAGUACAAACAAGAAAGUUACGUACGUCCAGUUCCUGGUGUACCUGAACCAGAGCCAAAACAGACGAUAGCGUUGCGAAAAUAUUUGGAAUCGCUUUGUUUAAACGAACAAGUAUUAAGUCGUGAGAUAUUGCUUCGUCUCGGGACGUAUAUGCUGGAUUGUUUUGUUUCUCAAGGAUGGUGUCGUCCUUUUAUUAAUCCUGUACCCGAAUCGGCUCGGAAUUAUCACCUUCGCAUCGCACGUCCGAUGGAUUUAUUAACAGUUGAACAUAAACUUUGGGCAGGAGAAUACGAUGGUGCAGUUUCAAAAUUCUAUGCUGAUUUAGCACAGAUUAUUUAUAAUGCAUUCAAAUUCCAUGAAGAAAAUUCCGUAAUAUUCAAAGAAGCAGAUUCGAUGCUUACGUGUUUUGUCAAUUUAACAACGAAAUUUUCGAAACCACCA